UUUUAGAUUCCCAAACAGCCUAAACAAUUAUUAUUUAAAUUAGCUAGCGAUUAAAAAGCCAUCAACUGAGGCUUAUUACAAUGAAGAGAACUAAGAUUGUCUAUGAAGCAAGACUCGGUAUAAAAGACUAAAACCCGAAAACACUUUGCUUAUUAUUGGCACAAAACUUAAAGUGAAAAGCAGAGCGGUCCUACAAGAUGCUGCGGAGACACUUUAUAAUCGGACUGAAUAUAUUCACAUUGAUAAUGGCUGAACGUGUUUUUAUGAGAGAUAGGCCACCGUUUUUCAAGCAAUGCACCGCCGAUAUGUCAGACUAUGAGGAUUGUUACAAAAGUAAUCUGCAGUCGAUGCUCGUUGAAUACCAGGAUGGUAUACCCGGCCUGCCGAAAGCGGAUACAUUCGAACCUGUACGCAUACGGCGCAUACGUAUUGAACAAGAUGAGUUGAGCUUACGGCUGACAAACCUGACAAUCCACGGCAUCAGCGCGACAAAUAUUACAAAAAUACGACACGACCCCAACGACUACAGCUUUCGCACUCGGGUAUUACUGCCUGAGUUGCGGAUCAGCGCCGACUUUCGCGCUCACGGACGUCUACUCUUCCUGCCCAUUGACAACAGUGGCAAAUUAACGCUGGAAACAAUGGCUGUGAAAUUGUCGUUUCUCUUCGCACUGCAGCUCGAGGACGAAGGCAAUCAAACUUUUGCCAACCCGCAAGCUGUUCAAAGUAAAAUCGUCGAAAUUGGAGAUUUUCAUUUGCGCUUGGAAAAUUUCUUGGCUGGAAAUACCGAGCUGGAAGGCACGAUUAAUGAACUGCUGAAUGAACUGUGGCGCGAUGUGAUCGAAAUUUUGCGGCCAACUUUGGAAAAUGCCAUAAACGCUGUGACUUUGACACGAUUUAAGAGUGUAUUGAAUUUCAUACCAGCGAAUUAUUUCAUAUCGGAUGUACCGAGCGCAGCAGAGUUCUAUGCGAACGUCAUCGAUAAGUAGCUGCCGUUUUGCUAAUCAAGAGAAAAAAAGUAAAAAAAAAGGUUUUAUCAUUAUAUUCAUAGAAUUAAGAUAGUAAGUAGCGAAUGCGUCCAAAAACAUUUUAAAAUAAAAUCUCGUCACUGUGUAGAGUAUAAGAUAAAGAUCUUU